CACAUUGGCCAGCAUUGAGCCAGCCUCAAAGGUAUCAUACGUAAAACCAGAAGCAGCCGUGUGCGUCAAGUUUACAGAUCAAGAACGCCAAGUGCGAGUUCCAGUCCGUUUCAAGUUCGUUGUUGAAAGUACGGUUGAUUCAAAAACAUGAAUUCCAGCCUGGUCAUUUUCCUCGUCAUCGUCGCUUGCGUCUGCGGACUCGUCGUCGGUCUCCCUUCCGACUUUCGUUACCAGGAAUCGGAACCCGCGACAACCAAGGAGUCCUGUGACCUUCCAAUGGUCACUGGUAUAUGCAGAGCCAGAAUGCCGAGAUGGGGUUACGACCCCGAGAAAAAGGACUGCGUGAGCUUUUACUACGGCGGUUGUUUCGGCAACGCGAAUAAUUUCUUGACCAAGGACGAGUGCCUGAACGCUUGCAAAGAUAAUUGAUCACCCAAUCGCACACAAUUAAUGCACAUAGAUUUACCGAAGCUAUACAGGCAGUUGCUGCUUAAUCACCCACCUGUAAAUACCCGCUAUAUUAAUAACGACGUUAGCAUCGAGAUAAAAGAAGAGCAGAAGAGACAACGAUAGACGAUAGACAAGAACAAAGCAAGAAAAUAAAAUAAUUAGAAAAUAAGAAUUGUUAUCCCACUGAUUACGAUUUAUAAAUAUUGUUACCUAUGAAUGUAUACAUUCAAAAUAUGUUUGUUGAGUUUGAAUAAAAGAAGAAAGUAAAA